GCCAGUUACCACCAUCAUGUCGAGCAGAAAGUCCACAAAAACCAUCAAUACCCUUGCUUCGCAAAUCGAACUCGAAAGGACUCGAACCAAUGCGAAAAACGACGUUCAUCGCCUUGACCACAAAUCUCGCAAAAUCCCUAAGCCGAAGGGUCAGGCGAGACGAGCUCCCCCACGGGGGUACAAGGUACAAGAGGCGAUGGGUUUGACUGGCGAUAAUGACCGUUACAACAAAUUUCGAGCUAUAGCUCGCAUCUUUGCCACAAGAUAUCUAGACCUUACUAAAACGAUUCGCGCACAAGAUCAAACUGUUGUUGAUUAUAUACUCGAGCUGCUGCAGAUUCAACAUCCGUUUCUCCAACAAUUUGAAGAUGUGUGGCCUAUGCGGGAUAUGAUUGGCCAAUUUCUCUGGCAUCGCAAUACUUAUUACAAGCAUCGUCCUAUCAUCCAGACGUCAGGCAGAGGUGAUGAUAUGUGCCUAGGCGAACUCGCCAAAUUUCUUAGCGAGCCUAACAAUCACCCCUCAAUCAGCAACGCAACGAAAGGCACUCGGAAGUCCAAAAGCAAUUCCGACACUAUCAGCAAAGUCCCACAGCAUGUCAACAAGAGAAAGCAACCAGCUGUCGAAUAUCCGGAAGAAGAGUCUCAAUUUGCGCUCUCCAAGAAACGUCGUAUUGAGAUACAUCUCGCUUCUGGCCACAGAUUGCUGGCAAACCAAUUUCCUUCAACUGACAACUCGGAAGACGAGCCCCCGGUGUCCACUUCAACACGAUAUACUCUUACUAUAACCCUAAGCAGUCAGAGCUAUUGAAAGGCCAAGAGUCGAACAUCGGAUUCGCGAACAAGGUAGAUUCAUAUUAGUUAUGCGUACUCAACCAUUACAACCUCCGGCUGUCUUGUAGAAGCACACGACACAAGCAAACACACGAGCCUCGAGGAAACGGACGUGACAACUUCAAAUGAGAACAAUGAUUCUUUCGGUCUACUUGCACGAACAGUAUCAGACACACUUGCACGGACGCUAGACUUGCGACGGACACUUGCACACACUCGAAUGUAAACUAUUGCCGUGUAUUCAAGAACGAUGCGAAAUGUUGCGAUGGCAUUCAGAAGUAGACACGUUCACUUAACGCCUGC